UAAUUGCCGACUGCAAUAGUUAAACAAAUAAAGAAAUAAAAGUUAACUCCCAGGUGUACCGCGAUAGUUUCUUUAUCGACCGCCAAUCCUUACAAGCUUAUGGUCGGCAUAUCCACCACACUUCAAUAAGCGUGUAUUGGGAUAGUACGUGUAUAUAUAUAACUGUACAGUGUACAAUAUUUAUCCUUGAAAUGAAAUUCAUAACGACUAUUACUGCAGUCGUCCUACCACUGCUCCUACUGUUAGCAAUCAAUCCGAUCGAUGCUCGUUUGUUGAGUUACAUUUGGCAAAAUUUAAUCAACAACAAUCCGGUCGAAAAUUACAACACCCCGUUACAACAAGAUGUGGUUGAAAAUGACAGCGUCCCGAUUCAACGAGACACGGUCGUAGAUGAAGAAAUUGCUCAGUCUGCAGAAUAUUCAGACCCUCGAUCAAUUUUUGUCGAUGGGACUAGCUUAGAUUUUGUCUAUUGGAACUCAGACCUUGGAAAUAAUAAAUCAAUAAUAAUUGAAUUUGGAAAUGAAAAACAAAUAAUCAAUCAUUGGAUUAGGGGUAAACCUUUAAAAGUCAUAACGCAUGGAUGGCUUGGAUCAGACGAAGAUGACAGAGGAGUGUUUUCUAUAAAAACAGCAUAUGUGGAUGCUGGAGAAUUCAACAUUAUCACCGCUGACUGGAAUCGGGUGGCAAAAAACAUAAUGUACCCAAUGCCGGCUUUUUUGACUGCUCAGGUGGGUUCCAUAAUCGCCAAAUUCUUGGAAAAUGUUGUCAACCUCGCGGUAAUUGAUCCGUCUGAUAUUCAUGUUAUCGGUCAUAGUCUCGGUGCUCACGUGUCCGGGGCAUGUGGUGCUGCAUUCAGCCUUGGGAAAAUUGGCAGAAUUACAGGUCUAGACCCUGCUGGUCCUGGAUUUGAGUACGUGUCACUUCGUUCAGACCACCUAGACAAUACUGAUGCAACAUUUGUGGAUGUAAUCCAUACGGCGAUAGGAACAGCUGGAUACUCAAAACCUUUAGGACACGCUGAUUUUUAUCCAAACGAGGGGAAACCCCCUCAACCUGGAUGUUUUGAAUCAUACACGCCAAGCGGCAUAGCAAAGCUCAUCGGUUGCAGCCAUUCGAGAUCGCAUCAAUUUUACACAGAUUCAAUCUAUCAUAGAAAUUCAUUUUUAGCUACAGAAUGUCCUUCAUGGGAUGAGUAUACGAGUGGCGAAUGCAAAAAUAAUAAUAAAAGUUAUAUGGGGCAUGACGCAAAUCCAAAAGCAAGUGGGAUUUUUUACCUGGAGACCAACGGUAUUGUCCCUUAUGGAAUGUUGAAUAACACACCAUGAAAACAUAAGCCACAGUCUUACAUACGAUUGUUUUUUUUUUAUUUAUGUACAGUUUCUUUACUAUUUUUUAAUUUCAGUUUAAACUAAGAUGUUUAUUUUUAUAAUAUUUUUAAGAUUUAUGUCGAAUGAAUUAACCGUUUUUAAAUACAUCACCAUUAUCAUCUAUACAAUAUAUUUAAUUAUAUUAUUUUUUUAUGUGUAAUAUAUCCUACACUCUUAUUCUUA